CUUGCGGAACUUGCACGGGGACACUGACAGAAAAAGUAACAACUUUUGACUGGAAAAAAGGCACUACGAGUGCUUUGAUUUCGUUCAGUGAUCGCUGGAAGCUAGGCGGACAACAUGGACAACCAACCAAGUGCCGAGUCUUCACAAUUUGAGGACCCCACACCCGGCCGUGUCGCAGGCACACAAGAUGGCAAAGAAACCAGAAAGGGACGACGCCUCAAGCCCAGUUACGUGAUAAAAGAUAAAUACAGGACUCUGUACAAACCAUUCAAGUGUGGCGUGUGUAGCUAUUCCACUGCUGUUAGGUCUAAUCUCAAAGUGCACAUGCUACGACACGGUGACAAGCCCUACAAGUGUGACCGGUGCAACUACGCUGCCAUCAGGAAGAAACAGUUUUUAGCUCACGUGAAACACCAUGCUGCCGACAGCCCUCUAAAGUGUAAGCAGUGUGGAUUUAGCGCAAACCAGCUAAAUGUUCUAACCAAGCACAUGGCAGUCCAUACGAAAAAAGAAGCCGCGAAGAACGACACUGUUGGAGCCUCUCAAAAUGAGGAACACAACGCUACGUCUCCUACAGAUGGACAUCUUGGUAAUGAACUUGAGACAAGCAAGAAGUCUAGUCCUUCAACAAGUUACCAGCAAGUUAUCACAAAAUACAUGUCAGGUCGCAAUAAAAAGGAAGAUGAAAAUGCUACAAACGCGACACCUCCAGUAGAUGAACACAAUGCCAGCAAAGAGACAAUAGUCAAAAGUGAACCAGAGAAAACCCAAGAAAACAAGUGUAAAUCACGUCUAAGAACACGGACUAAAAAGAGAGUUAGGUUCACCGGAGCCAUGGAGGCGAGAACUGAAGUGAGCCAGGCGGAUGGUACAGACAACGGAGCGGAUCUUUUGUUCUUGGACGAUGAUGUUCCAAGGCCACGAAAGAAGCCCAAACGGUUUAGAUGUAGGGAGUGUGGGUUUUCCACAGCAUACAAACAUACUUUAACGAAACACAUGCUCUUACACGGCGGUGACAGGCCCUACAAGUGUGAGCAAUGCAGCUAUGCGACGAUUCGACAGGCUCACUUGCGUGUGCAUAUGAAGUGCCACCCUGCCAACUCCCCGCUGAAAUGCAGACAGUGUGGAUUUAGCACAAGACGCAGGAUUAUUCUUGACCGACACAUAGCUGGCCAUACAGAAACGGAUGCAGGCACGAGUGACAAUGUUACAACACAAGAAGAUGGACCUAGCACUUCGUCAGCAGGAGAACAACAACUAUUCAGUGAUCUAUGUGAGUCCCAGACAACCAGCAAACCUCCUGCAAGACUUAGAAAGACACAUGCUAGGUUUAGGAAGAAAGCAAGCCAAGACAGUACACACAACACAGAAGAUAAACAGUUGCUGCAAGAUCACUUGUUGGGGACUUUGAGCAGCAAACACAGGAAAGGGAAUAAAUGGUUUAAGUGUAAGGAGUGCAGCUAUUCCUCACCGCAUAAACAAACUCUCAAAAGACACACGCUGACACACAGUGGGGAGAAACCUCACAAGUGUGACCAGUGCAGCUAUGCCACCAUUCGAAAGUCGAACUUGCUCAUCCACAUGAAAUGCCAUGCCACAAACAGCCCUCUUACGUGUCAGCAGUGUGGAUUUAACACAAAACAUGGAAACAUUCUCGGCAGGCACAUGGCAGUACAUAGGAGAGAGAAAGCUGACAAGAGUGGUGCAACUUCAGCUGCACAGGAAGUAGCAUAUAACUCUGCAGUGGCAGUAGAACAUCUAGUCAGUGAUCUAAGUGCGUCAGAAACAGGCAACGAACCCCCUCCUUCAAAGCGUAGGAAGACGCAGACUAAGAGUAAAGUUGAGACGCCCAACAAUGUCACCACUGUGAAGUCGGAAGCGAACCAAGAUGACAUGGAGAACGCAGAAGGUAAAAAGUCACCACAAGAUCGCUUUUUAGGAACUUCGAACAACAGCAAACAAAGGAGUGAGAGUAAACCAUUUCAGUGUAAGGAGUGCGGUUACUCUACAGCAUAUAAAGGUGAUUUAAAAAGACACCAGUUGAGACAUGGUGGGGAAAGACCCUACAAGUGUGACAAGUGUCCGUAUGCUGCAAUUGAAAAGUUGACCUUACUCCGUCACAUAGAACGGCACACUUCUGACGGCCCACUGAAAUGUGUGCAGUGCGGAUUCAGCGCAAAAAGUAGAAACGUUCUCGCAAGGCACAUGGCACUCCACCGGGACAAGAAAGCAGGCAAGAGAAACAAUUUAACAAGUUCAACAGCACAAGACGAUGGACCUAGCUCUCCACAAGUUGUGAAACAAGUACUCAUUGAUCCAAGUGAAUCAGAGACAGACAGCAACCCUCCUCUUGCAAGACUUAGGAAGACACAUGCUAAGAAGAAAUUCAGCAAUGCUAUGACCACUGCGAAGUUGGAAGCGAGCAAAGAUGGUACAGAGGACACAGAAGGUAAACAGUCACCACAUGUCCACCGGGGAAAGAAAACAGGCAAGAGGGACAAUUUAGCAAGCUCAACAGCACAAGACGAUGGAACUAGCUCUCCACAAGUUGUGAAUCAACAAGCAUGCAGUGAUCCAAGUGAACCUGAGACAAACAGUAGCCCUCCUCCAAAACGUAGGAAGACACAUGCUAGGAAGAAGUUCAGCAAGGCAAUGAACACUCUAAAGUUGGAAGCAAGCCCAAACGGUACUACAGAGAACACAGAAGAUAAGCAGUCACAGCAAGAUCACUUGUUGGGGACUUCGAACAGCAUAGAGACAAGUAGGAGGAAACCAUUUCAGUGUAAGGAGUGCAGUUACUCCACAGCGUAUAAAGCUGAUUUAAAAAGACACCAGUUGAGACAUGGUGGUGAGAGGCCCUACAAGUGUGACCAGUGUUCCUAUGCCGCCAUUGAAAAGUUGAACUUACGCCGUCACAUGAAGCGGCACACUGCCAAAGAUCCACUGAAAUGUGUACAGUGCGGGUUCAGCACAAAACGUAAAGGUGUUCUGACUCGACAUAUGGCAGUACAUAGGGCAGAGGAAGCCAAGAAGAGUGUCAAUGUUACAAGUUCAAGUUCAACAGCACAAGAGGGUGGACAUAGCCCUCCACAAGCAGAGGAACAACUAGUUGUUGAUCGAAGUGAAUCUCAGACAAACAACGAACCUAAACGAAGGAAGAUGCACGCUAGGAACAAACUCAGCAAUGUCACAACUCUAAAGAUGGAAGUGCACCAAAAUGGCACACAUGACAAAAAGGGUCAGCAGUCACCACAAUAUCACCUUUUUGUAAAUUCGAACAGUAAACAGAGGAGCGGGAGUAAACGAUUUAUGUGUAAGGAGUGUGGUUAUGCCACAGACUUAACAUCUGAUUUAAAAAGACACAUAGUCAGACACGGUGUCGACAAACCCCACAAGUGUCACAAGUGUCCGUAUGCCGCAAUGUCAAAGUCUAAAUUACUAAUUCACUUGAAGUGCCACACGGCCGACGGCCCCCUGAAGUGUCAGCAGUGUGGGUUCAGCACCAAACACAAAGGUGUUCUCACCCGACACAUGGCAGUUCACAGGGCAGCGGAAGCCAAGAAGAGGGACGAUGUAACAGCUUACACAAACCACAGACAUCAGCCCACUAGUCACAUGGCUGUCCGAGCCAAACAGAAAACUGACAAUGAUGCUACAACGUCACAAGAGGACAUCCAUAGUGCAGCACACGGCAGCAACCAAACUAGUCAAAAUCGUAAGAGAAAAUAUAAAAGUGGCAAGAGCUGGCAGAAGUCUACAUCUUCAAAAUAUAAGAAGAAAGUUUACAAGAGUAGUGUUAUGACCGAGAAAGCUGAAGAAAGGAGACAAGAAGCCAUGAACUAUGAGAUUGACACGGGAGAGGAACCCUGCAGACGAACAAGACAUAGCUUGGAGAAAGGAAAGCGACGUAUCAAACCGAGUGCCACUAACUUGUCCAAGCCUUACAGGUGUGGGCAGUGUGUUUACGCUACAAAUCAUGUCCGGGAGUUUGAUCAACAUCUGGCCCAACACUCCGCUUCCUCCCCCAAGCGGUAUCUCUGCGGACAGUGCUCGUUCGCGACCUCGGAAAGGUCAAAGUGGGAGAUGCACAUGUUCAAGCACAGCGAAACGAAGCGAUUCGCUUGCGAGGAAUGCGACUUCAAGACGAACUACGAAUUUACUCUCUCAGCCCACAUCCAAAAAGUGCACGAAUUGCGUAAGCCCCAAAACGACAAACAUGUGAGCAAAAGUAAGUUAUCGCCCUCGAAGUCUCAGUCAUACAAAAAAGCAACCAAAGUUUUGCCUCCAAAGUCUCCGUCGUACAAACUUAUGUACACCGUAGACUUCUCCAAACACAGCACUCUGUACAACUGUAAACAGUGUGACUAUGCCACAGCACUAAAAGUGAGCAUGUUGCUUCAUGUAAAGACUCACACUGAGGAGAAACCACAGACUGGUAACAGCGACAGCAAUGCGUCCAACUCUGGAAAACAGGCUUCAGAUUCUAAGGCUUCAACUCGAAGAUUGACAGUCCCUUGAUCGAUAGAUGGCAGAGUUGACUUGACAUGUGUAGCACCAGCAACUACAACUACGUCCGAGGUCUGCCUUUCCGACUGAGUCACAUGAAAACCCACACUGGGGUGUGACCACACAUGAUAAGUAACAACUGGGGCUGUUAUAUCAAAUGUCUUAAGAACUAUACCAAUGCAGUAUGAGCAGUCCCCAAGGUGUGCACACUUCAGAUAUCAUUCAAGGUGUUCCGGACAUUAUCAAGAAGGCCGUGAUAAGACUCUUCGUUUGAUGUAAAGGUCUUCUAUAUAGUUGUAAUGUAAAUGUUUCUUACCUUCAGAAAGGUGACUUAGAAACACCAGACAAGCUGGUAGAAUAUGGAAUCAUAUGCUAGUACUGUGUAUACACUUAGGGACUGUACAUUCAACAGACCAAUCAGUAUUAAAUAGACUAAAGUUUACAAUGGGUAACUCCUUUAACUGUAAGGAAACAGAUGUAUUUUUACAGCAGAUGUUAGGUAGCUAAUGCUUCAAGAAAGUUGUACAGUAUAUAUAUAUUGUCACUGCAAUAUUUCACUACAAUGUAUAAGGCUUAUAUAUUGGCAAUAUUGAUCAAUGCAAUGUUGUUUCUGUAGUCAAGAGUCUCCGCACCGUAGGACAGUGCCUGUCUCUGUUUCUACAGCUCUUGGGCCGCACAACUUUGUGCAGUCACUACAGUAGAUGUUCAACUGCAAUACUCCUCUUUACAUACAGUGCUAAGCAGAGAAAUCAGUGAGAUACCCUUUUCAAUGUGUAAUGUAUGUAACGGAUUGCUGCAUUGCUGCACUAAUAAGGUAGACAUCAAUACCAAUACACUAAUAACAGACCCAGAAGUGUCUAUGAUCAGCUUUGCUAUAAAUCAGACUAUUUUUGCUACAAUA